AUGAAAUUGUGGUCUGGUCUACCAUGUGUCUACAUACCUGCUGCACUUCUUAUAUCAAAUGAAAUUCUCCCGCAGUGGAAAACACGUGUGUUGGAGCUGCACAGAAAUGAUUGUAAUGUGCAAGAAAUUAAAUCUUUAAACAUCCUUGUUGAUGUUAAAACAAGCGAGGAGUUUGGACAGUGGUGCACUGAACCUGCAUCAGGAAAGUAUGUUGCUUUCAAACAAAGGCUGGUCUGUCACCACAAUACUCGCAGUAUAAAAGUUCAUGGUUCAGUGCAAAGGGCAACAAAAAACACUAACUGUCCAUCAAAAAUGACAGUGACAAUUCACGCUGUGCAUGAUAGAUACAGAGAUGCUGCUGCUUUAAGAUUUAGGCAACCAUCAAGUGAUGUCAAAGAAAAAUUAAUAUCCCUGUUUGAAAGAGGUCAUUCACCAGCCACUGCUCUUGAGUCAAUAAAGGUUGAAAUUCAGCUGAAUUGUUCAGAUUACCCUUUAGUCCUUGCAGACAGAAGCAGGUGUCCUGAUUACAACUUUUGCCACUAUUUGUUCAACAAAGUUUUUAAGAAAAAGUAUGGGCCAACAGACUUCAACAAAGAAGGAAAGCAGCUGUUACAACAGAGGUUAGAGGAAUACAACAGCGAAGUUGGAGCUGUGUGUGCCAAGAUGAUUCAGAAAGAUGAUGAUUAUAUAGUAUGCAUUUGCUCACCACUGAUGCAAAAAGUCCAUACUCAUGUAAAAGCUGCUUCCAAACUUGUAUUUAUGGAUUCCACUGGUUCUCUGGAUCAUGAUAGCAGCAGAGUGUUCGUUUUACUUACUCACAGUGAGUGUGGAGGUUUACCACUAGGAGUUCUGAUUAUGUCUUCAGAAAGCUGCGGAGUUAUAGAAAUGGGACUAGAGUUGCUGAAAGAGAUAGUGGGGGAAAAUAUUUUUGGGGGAAACAUCAAUGGCCCAAGUGUGUUUCUGACUGACGACAGCCAGUCAGAACAAAAUGCAAUUAGAAGGUGCUUCCCAAACACAAAAACUUUGUUGUGUAUAUUCCAUAUCCUGCAGGCAGUGUGGCGCUGGCUUCUCAAAGCAAAAAAUGCUAUACCACAACAAAAACAGUGUGAGUUCUUCCAGAAAUUCAAAAAAAUAAUGUUUGCGCAAACAAAAAAUGAAGCAGUGGUAAACUAUAAUGUAACAAGAGGGAACAUCGGUGAAAAUCAUCAAAAUUUAUUGAAAUACUUGGAAGGGUAUUGGGAUAGGAGAGAACUGUGGACCCUUUCACAUCGGCGAGGUAUGCUUAUAGAAGGGCACAACACAAAUAAUAUAAGUGAGGCCUUCAUGAGAAUUUUAAAGGACAGGAUUUUUGAGAGGGUGCGUGCCUUCAAUGUGGUUCAGAUGGUGGACUUUUUUCUCACAAAGGUGAAUUUGUAUUUUCAGAGGAGACUUCUUGAUGCUGCUAAUGGAGCAAGUCCUAAGUCUUUCUGUAGGCCUAUAAAGGCUCCUUCACAGGAGAUUCUAGCAAAAAUCAGACAAGUCAAUGAGGAUGUUCUGCUCGUUCCCAGUGAAGAAAGGGAGAAUCAUUAUUACAUUGUUAAUAUGGCUGUUCUUGUUUGCACUUGUUGCCAAGGCAAUACAGGGAAGAUCUGCAAACAUAUAGACUGGGGCAGUACUGUUUUACCAUCAGGAAACUACAGGGAGGUGACUGAUAGUGACAGUAUACGCAGACUGUAUUAUUUUAUUGCUUCAAAUGAGGAGCCUCCUGAAGGGUGGCUAGAGCCUCUGUAUUGCUCUCAGAAUGCAGGGGCUUCAAGUUCUUCGGAACGUUUGGAGCAAAUGGACACAGGUUUGCUCUGUGAAAGCCAAGAAGAGAUGCCAGAGACACUUCACAUGGAGACAGUUCCAGACAAUAGAAAUAAUAAUUUAAUCGACGAGAUAAAAGCUCGUCUCAUAGAUUUUUCAAAUAAAUCCCUUGAGGAAAUGAGGAAAGGCCUUGAAGUCAUGUGCGAAAAAUUGAGAAAGCUUAAAACGCCAUCUGUAUGUGCAUCUUAUUUGGCAAAUUUUGGUGAAGGAAAAUCUAGAAAAAAUCGUGGUAACUAUAUUCCCGUUCAGCCCACUGCAAUAAGCAGAAGAAAAAACAAGUUGGCAGGUCGCAGAUGUCAUCCGGGGGGAAGACUAAGACCACACUCUAAGCAAAGCAAUGAAUUUGUAAAGACAGUAGAAAUUUCUGAAAUGUUUGAGGGAGCACUGCUGGACAUACAGUGCUAUUGGCUAACUUGCAUAAAUUUAAUACUGUGUGCUAAUGGUGGUGUAAAAACCGAAACAAUCCACAAAAGAAAUAAGAAAUUGCAACUGAAAACUGCCUCCAGACUGACCUCACAUCCAGUAUUGAUAAAGGCUAUGACAUACAUUGCUAUUGAAAAAACUGAAGUCACUCCACACCUUGAACUUGGUGUGGAUACUUCCAUUACACAGCAAGCCAGCUGA